GGAUGCUGCCAGCGGAAAAUGGCUGCUGCAACCUCAAGCCUAUCCUGAUACACCGAAACGACAUCAAGGUGGAGAGAGAGAGAGCGAGAGCAAGAGAGAGAGGAAGAGAGAGAAAGAUUAGGAAAAUGAGAGCAGAUAGAGAGAGAAUGUGAGUGAGUCUGUGAGUGUUUCCUGAAAGGAGGAUAAAAAGAGAGAGAGAGAGAGAGAGGAGACCCUGGGGUGGGCUGCUGCAAGCGGCGGGCAACACCGAGCCAUGGAGGGCGAUGUGCGUGUUCGUGCAGUGGUGAUGACACGUGAUGACUCCAGUGGCGGUUGGGUGCCCCUUGGAGGUGGCGGCCUCAGUCAUGUGGUCAUAUGUAAAGGGCGGACUCAUGACGGCAGGGGGCGGAGAGAAUACAUCAUACGUGGAGAACGGCUGCGAGAUCGAGCACCGGUGUUGGAGUGCGCAGUGCAAAGGGGAUUAGUGUACAACAAGGUGAACCCCAUCUUCCAUCACUGGCGAGUAGAGGAUCGAAAGUUUGGCCUUACGUUCCAGAGCCCUGCAGACGCCAUCUCUUUUGAGAAAGGACUUCAGACUGUCAUAGACAAGCUCGACAGAGGCUCUGACUCGCCCUCGUCCUCCACACCAGAAGAGGCAGACACCGAGGAUGAUGGACAAGCUUCCCAUACAGGAAGUGAGUCGUCAUCCAACAGCAGAAAGGAGAUGCUUCCCAAAUCCAUCACCAUAGUGACGAGUGAGUCGUCGUCUACCUGCUUCGUGCGGUCGGAAGAGUUUAGUUUUGGAUCCAGCCAUGCUGUCACCACUCAGACACCUGCUCAGAUCCACACCAGGCCGGGACAGCACCAGCUCUCACAAAUGACGGCUGUGUUGAAUCCCCCAGCACCCCCGCCCCCACCUCCUGCUCCACCUACUCCUCCUGUGGGACCCCCAGCCUCAUCCCCCCUGUCCCCACUCUCACCUACCAUUUCUCUGCUGGAGGAGGGAGACCUUCGCAGUGUGGACCCUUGUAAAGACCUGUGGGGCUCUAGAGGAUAUGAGGAUUACCGACGGGCGGGGGCCACCAGGACUAUGGUCGGGGGGCUGACUGGGGGUGUGGUCGUCGGUGGCGGAGGGAGUCUGCAGGACAAGUCGGAGCUGUGCGUGGUUCGCUUCGAGAAAGAGCUGGCGGGAGUGGGGACGGCAGGCUGCGACGUGACAGUGAGCUUGGACAGUAAAGCUUCCCAGCGUCUGUCCUCAUCGUCGCCCACCUGUAUGUCCAUUCCCAACGCUGUGUCAGGCGUGUCCUCAGGUGCCGGCUCACCCCAGGAGACGGGCAAAGGGUCGCCCUCUCCGUGCUGCAUCCACACCUCAUUGGCCACACCCCGGUCGCGGACUCGUAAGAGAGGAGGAGGGGCCAGCAGCAGCGGUGACCCCGGGGUAAUCUCCCCCGACGACGACAGCCCGUGUCCUCAGGCUUCAUCGUCAUGCUCAUCUCGCUGUGUGUACUGCCGCUCUGUUUUCAGCGCUUCGGAGAAUGGGCGGGGCCGCUGCAGAGAUGCCCCAGACCCGGCCCUGCACUGCCUGCGCCAGUGGACCUGUGUGUGGUGCGCAGAGAGUCUACUCUACCACUGCAUGUCGGACUCUGAGGGAGAGUUCUGGGAGCCUUGCUCGUGUGAUGACUCGAUGGGGGGUCACCCGCACCCCCUUUGCUGUGCCCGCUGGUUGGCCCUCCUGGCCCUGUCGCUCUUCGUGCCCUGCAUGUGCUGCUACCUGCCUUUGCGCGCCUGCCUGCGGUGUGGGGAGAGGUGUGGCUGCUGCGGGGGAAAGCACAAGGCGGUCCGAUGAGGCCAGGCUAGGGGGUGGGAGGGGUUCCCUGGACCAAGGGGUUUGGGUGUUGAGAGAAGAGAGCAUCUGUAGGGACGCAGGAGAUGGAGCAUAGUGGGUGGAACAGUGCUCUCAGUAGACCCAGACCUCUGACGUGGCCCUCCAAAGCCCCACGGCCUUCCACUGCAUUCCGCUCUUUCUCUUUUCAACCUGGGGCCUUCCUCACUGGUCCAUGCCUGCUGAAGGUGCACUGCACUCAGACCAGGCUCUGUGGGAGUCAUCUGGAGCCUUCAUAGUGGAUUUAAUGAGGGUUGGCUGAUCUAGAGUUAGCAGCCAGAGACUUUAUCGCAGGAAGAGUGGCAGAGGCAACGAUGAUGUGUACACUGUUUCAAAUGUCCGUUUUUUUUUUUUGUUUGUUUGUUUUGUUUAGUUUUUUUUUGGUUUGUUUUUUUUUAUUUAGAAAGAAAAACACAAAAAACAAAAUAUGUUUAUAUAUAUGAUUGUAAUAAUUUUAAUUGGUAUAUUUUAUUAAAUGUAAAACAUAUUGACAGAAUCCCCCAGUGGCACACACUAUCACAUACUCACAAACAUGAGAUCUUGGGGAGGUUAUUUGUUUCACGUUGGCCUGUUUAUCGGUCAGAUGAACAGAUGUCACCCUUUACCUCUAAUUUUACCUCAGAUGUUCAAACCCUGGUCAAGAAGAGGAGGAGAGAGAGGUUUGGAGAGAGUGAGCACGAAUGAGUGCAGUCUUAAAAAAAAAAAAGUAUUAGCAUCUGAGACCACUAGUGUUGUCUUUUGGUUAAAGUAGUAGACUACAAUGGAAGAAAGGUUAUCAAAUGCAAAGGGACAAUUAUUGUUAAGGGAAGUUGCAAUGACAACCACAAAGACUUAAAGUCAUAAUGUGAUUCAUUAUGGUCCUUUGUAACCAAACACAAGAUUAUUUUUGUUUUCUGAAAAAAAGAGGAAAAAAAAAAUCAAGAAUGUGUGUCUAACAUUAAACACCCUCACUUAACACAUAUUUUUUCAUCCUUCCAUGUAUUUUCAAUAUUAAUCAUAGAAAACAUCAUAUCCAACCACUGUACUUGUUGAAUCAGUCAAGGUGCUUACAACUGAGGCCUCUGAGUGAGUCUAUUCUACCUAAUGUACACAAUGACCGUACAGUCCCAACCCCAAAGAAAAACUAAACAGGACCCCAUGCUAAUCUGUAAAUGCAUCUAGGCCUCUAAUUGAGACAUCACCAAAAAAGUUAAGUGCAAUGAACAAUGUAUUGAGAGAGUAUUUUUGUACCAGUUGCUCAUGUUAGGAAAAACUAAGCUGAAAUUGAAGAGCUGGAACUGAAUACUGUAGUGUUUUAUUGUAUUCGGUAUCAAGCUGAGAAGAUAAACAAGAACACAAACUUGUCUUUGAGCAGCAGCACGUAGUUUAAAUAUGCGUGCUAUAGACUGUUGACCCUGUGAUAAGAAAAGAGACACAUUAACUUGAAAAAGAUGAAUGGAAGAAGGUCUUUGUUUGGGAACAGUGGCAGAUAUGUUUGCUGAAUGUUGCUUUAAGUAUGAAGUCAAAAAAAAAAAAAGCUGCUAUUUUAAGUCCUGCCCUAACCCUUUUCAAAUGUUCCCGCUGCCUUCAGCAGUCGAUGAGUUAGUGUGGCAGAGUCAGAAACAAUCCUUCAAAUUCUUAUUCCACCCAAGGUGGAGGAUGCUAAAUAGUGUGUGAAGAUGGGUUUUUCUAAGUUUACAGUUGGACUUAAAGAUAAAUUCACCCCAAGACAUUUUAAAAAAAUGCUUCUGGUGAUGUACCAUGCAUUUCUGUGUCUCUUUUGCAGGUUGGUGGUAUAUUUUCCUACUUCCAGUGAAUAACUGGCUAAAGGAAGAUUAGGGUAGAUUAAUCAUGGCUCCAAUAGAUUUUGUUAACAGAAUGUUUUUUAUCCCCCAAAAUCUUCAUAAACAUCUUUUUUUUUGUGUGUGUGUAAAGCCCUGUGAAUCAAAGGGCCUUUUUUCCAGCCUCCACUUUGCACUGGUGUUAGCAGUCAUGCAAGGUGAAAUACAUUAUAGACACCAGUUUCUCUACAGAAUUUUGCCUCUUGACCAAAAUACAAUGCAGCCACAGGAUUCAAAAGAUCUUUUUUUUUUUGUUGACCAGAAAUACAAAGGGUUUAACAUCAAUAUAACUGUUGUUAUUUGUGUCUUCACCUACACGAAGAACCAACUUCUGCAAAGUAAAUGACGACAAACUAUCUCAAAAUAACUAAUGAAAUGCACUGAACAUCACAGAGUGACGAUAUCUUCUUAAGAGAAUCUGGGGGAAUUUUUCUUUUAAAUCCAGAGGCAUUCUCCUUUAAAAUUACAGAUGGGAAAAUAUAGUAUCCUCUACAUAGGGGAACCAAUUUCAUGUCUCAAAUGGAGGAUCACCUGGUAGACCUUAAAUUAUGGCAGAAUGAACCUAUCAGAAGCUUCAUCAGAUUAUUUACAUUUAGGUUUAGCCAAGAACUUUUAUCCAAAGUGACUUAAAGUGAGUGAACAGACUAGUGGGGUUCAGAGUCAGGACACACGACUGCUGAUGAACAUAACCCUUGACCCCUUGGUUAUGGGACGGUCGUCUUCACCAAUAGGCCAGCCUGCCAACAGUGUUGGUCCACAUAAGAAAAAAAAAAAGAAAAAAGAAAAAAAAAAGACAUCCUGUCCCAAAGGCAGGAAAACACACAAACUCAGUCGGUCACUGGACUGCCAUUCCCUGAUCCUAAGUUAACUCUUUGUCCCUGCACACACACGCGCACACACAAAAUCCCCACAAAUCUACAAUGCAUAGACCUGCACAUGCAGAUACACGUUCACUCGAUGGUGCAGAUUAUACAGAACUAGUAAAGCCAUUGCACACAGUUUGCUACUUCUGGUCCAGAAAUGGUGUUAGAGUACAGUACUGACAGUCAUGCGAUCACAACUGCAGGCCCCAUUCUUACAUCUUAAUAAAUGUGCCUUUUGAUUUGAGUAAUCAAUAACUUAUGAUUUCUAAGUAACUCUGUAUUAAGUACUAUUUACUUUUUUGGUUAUUGAUUUCUGCCAAUGUGCAUAUUUUCAAAUGUACGUAUUUAUUAGUUUCAAAGUAAUUAAUGAGAUAUUACCUGUUUAUUUAUUUAUUGAGAUAUUUAUUCUGAUUCUUUAUUUUUUUGAGACAGGUUUUUAUCUUCCGUGCUGUCUUACUUCUGACUUUGUGCCAAUGUGCUGCUUUGAGGUGUUACAUAUCGUGGGUUUGUAUCAUUAUUAAACCCUCACUCUAUAUUUUAA